AUGUUUACUCCCGUCGAAUCCUCGUUUGGUGCGUUCUUGCUACACCUCAGCACUACGCAUCUGCUUUUGGGAAACGGUCGAGUGUUGGGCGCCAGUGGGAUUCUGGGGAGUGCGUUCUGGAAACCGGAUGAGAAUAAUAUACCCUUGCUAGCUGGUAUGGGAAUUAGUGCUCUGGGGACCCAGUAUUUCGAUGCCUGGUGGAAGCCAACUUAUGCCGGGGCCCCAGAGGUGUUUGGGAAAUGGACCUGGGUGGUUUGCGGAUUGCUGGUUGGAGUUGGAACGAAGGUUUGUCUACUCUUUCUUCUGUUUCGAUCUUUUAAUUUUCCACCUUUGUUCGUUCGUGGGCUUCUUCUCCGUUAUACAUUGCGCCACCUGCUCAAUUCUGAGGCGCCGUUGCUAACAUGCCUCUGCAGUACUCCAGCGGUUGCACAUCUGGACACAUGCUCUGCGGCAUCCCACUUGGCCGCCUCCGCUCCGUGGUAGCUGCCGUGACCUUCUCGGCGACGUGUCUCGUCACUGCUACCGCUGUGGGGGCAUACACCGAGUCUCCAUGCGGAAGCACACCAUGCUACACCCUGACCUACCCUGCCCCCACCCGCAUCAAGCAACUAGUCGCCAUCACUGCAGCAGCCACGGCGAUAACACGCAUCUCCCUCCCCAUCCUCCGCAAGCUCCCGCGACGCACGGCGGAGAUAAUCACAUCUCUGUGGUCAGGCGCCCUCUUCAGUCUUGGCUUGAUGAUUGCCGGUAUGGCGAACCCGACCAAGCCUUUGGGAUUCUACUCCAUGAUCACGGACGGCGGGAAGCGCUGGGAUCCAUCCUUCCUCAUGAUUCCCAUAUUCGCAUUGCUCCCGAAUUUCCUGAUCUGGAGGAGGAUUGUUGGGAAGACGGAUGCCGCACCAAGGGGAGGGUGGAAGGUGCCCACUAAGAAGGAAAUUGACUCCAAGUUGAUUGCCGGGUCGGCGGUGUUCGGAAUUGGGUGGGGAUUGCUGGGCGUCUGCCCUGGGCCUGGCAUCGUGGGUGGAUUCCUGGGAGGUUGGAGGGGCGCUAGUUGGGUUUUGGGGUUUGUGCUUGGGAGAUAUUGAUAUCCUCGUUUUCACAUGUAAAAUAUAGCAGUGGCGGUUUCUUAAACCCCCUUCAGAUUCUUGUUCCAUUUUCAUAUUGUCGUCCCUCCCAUUCCCUUUCAUGUCAAUACUUUUUUCACUCGAGGACAGUCUCUUUGUUUUGUUACUCCUUUUCACCCUCCUUCCUUCGUGCUGCCAGUUAGUACCUUACCUGUUAGAAAAUGUAUAUAUAUAUAUAUAUUAUGCGCAUACAAUUGUGUCGGUACCCACUCCAAC